GCGCAGCGCAGCGCGGCGCUGGCGCAGCGCGAGAGGGCCCAGCGCACGAGGGGGAAGCAGCUGGAGGCGGCCUUGCGGCGGCGCCGUGGCGACCAGGCCGCGCCCAUGCAUGGGGACGGAGUCUCGAAGAUGCUUUUGGGGGCCCGGCGAUUGGUAG